CUCUUACUCCUGCAGCAUGACUGACGAGCAAGUCUCCGUGGGCAUUCUCUCCAUCUCCGGGGGUUCUCUUCUCCUCCUCGUAAACAACUAUGCCAAUGACACAUUAAUUCCUCACACUGCACUAGGGGUACUACUCCUCAUCGUUGCUGCCCUGUUGCUUCAGGCAGCUCUUAACUGCCUUAGCCAUGCCCAGUGGUUUUCCACCAUGUCUCUAACCAUCACAGGCCUGUGGGGUUGUUUGGGUCUAGUUACAUUUUGUCAGGACAGAACAUGGUCAGUGUUGAUGAGCUAAGACUUGUCCUAACCCCUGGUUUGGGUGCGUUUAGUUUAGCCCUGUUUCUCAUUGGCUUCAUUGCAAUUUUAGCAAAGAAUGUUGUUGUAAUCAUCAUAUCAAUCAGCAUUAGUUUAGCUUGUGCUCAUCAGAUAGCUGAUUUGUUUGCAACUGGUUUUGGCCACACUACCACAGCAGCCUAUUACCUCUUAGUCUUUCUUGUAGGUGUUUAUUUUGGUGUUGGACGUCUAUUGUCUAUCUUCACUCGUGGCAAAUGGGAGUUCCCAGGAUUAGAUUUAAAAGAUAAGAAAGUUGUUCCGAAGACUGAGGAGGGCUUAAAAUACUGUGAUGUAAUUAUUAUAGGUUUGAUAAUGAACUUGGUCUCUGCUGCUGUAUUGGCCAGUCCUUUGUUCGGGGUGGUGCUUAACCCAAUUCACGUCUGCUGGUUGUGGACUGCUGCAGCGUUCCAUUUGGUCAUGUGUGUUUUUUUCUUCAGGGCUAAGGACACACUGACAGCCACUUUCUUUGCUUUCAUGGUGUUGCUGAAAUUUGUAGAAGGAUACAAUAUCAUUGUGACUGGACAUCAACCUGUAUCUCCUUUAGUUAGCCCAAUUGUCUUCUCUGUGCUGUUUACAAUUCUUGCUUUGUUUAGUUGUUCAAAAGGUCUGUUGAAUGGAGUCUACCAGUUGUUCUUUACAGCUUACUGUAUUGCUAUUGCAGCCCAGUCCUCUAGAGGUGCUCAGGGCGUUCAAGCAGCUAUAUUCAUUGUAACAUCAGGCCUGAUUUUAAUGGGCUUAUUCCUAAUGAUAUCAUCUUCCCAAACACAUAUAAUGCAUGGAUAUUUCAAGUCAUUAGUAAGCCGAAUAAACUGUGUGACUCUUAAAACCAAUGAUAAAGACCAAAAUGUGCCUUAUCUGGGGUCUUCCAAAUAUGCGGAUGCUGAAGUGUUGGGCCAUGCCAGUAACGUGCUAGCAGCUUUUGCCCUCAUUGAUGCACAUGUAGACUCUGUAUAUACGCCUCUGCCCUGGGUAGUUGUGGGCGGUGGGCUACUGCAGCUACUCUGUGGGUUAGUGGCCUUUUCACGAGGCAAAACAUUUGAAAGUACUGCGUUUGUACUCUUAGGAACAAUGUGGGCAUUCUGGGGAUUGGUCAGGUUUGGCGCCCUCUAUGGGGAUGUUAGAGGCUUUAAUUUAGCAGUAGGGAUAAUCAGUUUUUUGUUGUUUAACUCUUUAGUGACAGUCGCAGCAUUGUUUCUUAGUGUGGGCUGGUUUGUUUACAUUCUCACCUUCCAGCUCAUAAUCAUUAGUUUCCUGUUGGAUGCACUGGGAAAUUUGCCUCAUGGUUAUGACAUAGGAGUGGCAAUCAUCUUUGGCCUUGUCAGUUUUUAUUUCUUUCUGGCCCAGAUGUUUAGCACCACCUUGCAGUGGCCUCAGAUCCCUUUGGGAAGGCCUAUUAUUAAACUGAGUGGAGUUGGUGGCGGCGCUGAUAUCUGUCCACAUGUUCCUGCACGCAAGGCCACAUCUGUGCAGCAGAUUGCAGAUAUCAUGAAGAAUGGAGGUGUAUGUGGAAUGCCAACAGACACUGUGUAUGUGCUAGUAGCAGCUUGCACCGUCCUGAUGCAGUAGUAAAAGCCUACAAGGUGAAAAAAAAGGCAGAGGACCGGCCCAUGUCGAUGUGGAUCUCCUCUAUCAAACAGCUGGAGCCAGUGCAACACCUGCUGAGCCCUCUGCUGCUGGACUUUAUGGAGGCAGCGUGGCCAUCAUCC